AGGAAAUUCCGAGGAAACCCAAUUUUGUGUUUCCUCGGAAUUUCCUCGGAAAUUCCUCGGGAUAUUCCGAGGAUUUCAUUUUCCGUCGGAAUGUCCGUCAGAAUACCGCUGUUUUCUUGUAGUGGAAGGUCGCGGAGUCUUAUACGAACCAGAUCUAUGAGUGGAAGCGACUAUGGCUCAAGGGUAAGAUACCGAAGAAUAUCAACACCAAAGUUUGGGAGGGCUUGCAGGUGUAUUGGGGGAAGCAGGAGACUAAGGAAAACCGCAACAGUGAUCGUGGCGGGAAAGGUGUUUUUGUCCACAACCUCGGGGCUUGCAGUAUGUCUUCUAAGGAGGAUCAGCUUGUUGAAGCAAAUGGCGGUAAUCCCGUUGAUCAUGUUGAUGUCAUGAGGGAAGCAUAUACUAACAAGAAGACAGACGAAAUUCAGGAUCCCCUCAUCAGAGAUGUCAUAGAGUUGGUGCAAACCAAAAAACCAGAACUCCUAGCUUCUCAGCCGAUGAACUCUGAUGACGAUUCUACGGCAGCUUCCAGCAACCUUUGCCGACUUCAAAUCAACGAAAUGGUGGAACAGACGGUUCCAAAGAAGAAAGGACGUUUGGUCGGUUUGGCUCGUCGUGCGUCUUCGUGUCCUUCUUCUUCACAAACUCCAUACACAGAUCCCAUGAUCAUGGAGCAGCUGCAGAACAAGGAUGAGCGGAUUGAAGCGUUGGAGACGCAGAACGCUACAAUUCUUGCGGAAUUGGCGGAUCAGAAGAAGACCAAUCAUUGACAAGAUGAAGCGUUUGUUCCCAGAUGAAUUUUAGUUUUUUUGUUUAAAAACUUGAAAAUGUUUUUUUUAAUUUAUGUAAAACGUUUUUGUAUAAUAUUAUUUUUAAUUUCAGUUUUUAUUGAUUUAUAAAAAAAAUUAUAAAUUACAUAUUUAUUUAAAAAUAAAAUAAUUAAAUUAUUCAAAAUAGUAAAACAAUAAAGAUUCCGACGAAACCUUUUCCGUCGGAAAUUUCCGACGGCAAAUUGCGUCGGAAAAGUCCAACGAACAUAUUUCCUCGGAAAUUUCCGACGAACAUGUUGCGUCGGAAAUUUCCGACGAAAUAGCCCGUCGGAGUUUUCCUACGGACUCCAACGGAACACGGCUCCCGGAAAUUCCGACGGAUUCAGGUGUCGUCGGAAUAUCAGAGUAACAUUAUCGUCGGAAUUUUGUCGGACAUUUUUCCGACGACGACUUCUGUCGGAAAUAUAUUCCGAUCAAUUACCGACAAAACACUUCCGAUGAAUCUUGUUGUCGGAAUAUCCGUCGGAAUAUUGUCCGUCGGUACUGGUUGGAAUUUCGUCGGAAUUUGUGACGAAUUUCCGACGAAUUUUUUUUUUCCGACCAGAUAUUUCCGACAACGGUUUUCGUCGGAACUAUUCCGACGAAUAUGGCCGUCGGAUUUCGCAUGUUUUAUUGUAGUGACCUUUUAAUUUAACCAUCAUAACUUCUCCUUUUACUUGUGUUCAUAAAAAAGAAAACUUCUCGUUUUACACAAAAAAAAACCAUCAUAACUUAUAUAUACGUUAUGAAAGGCUUAUAUUAAUUUCUUAUAUAAAUAACUUUUUAUUAUCCAUUAAAUAAACGUCAAUAUAUAAAUACUGUCCGUUGCUUACGUUUUGUUUUAGUCUUAUACAAGUCCACUCACUUCGUAUCCUCCAGAAUGAUAAAAACAAAAAGAAAAGAAAACAAUGAACGAGUUUAGUAUGGUCUUGUAUUUGUUUAUGUUUUUUACGGUCACCUCCGCCCAACCCAGUCACGAUGGGAGAAAGGUAUUAUAUACCGAGAUACGUUAUAUAUUUUGAUUGCCUCUUUUAAAAAAGAUUAAUAUAUAACAGCGUACGUAAGAUGGUAAUCAAGGGUGGAUAAUGCAGGUCUACAUCGUUUACAUGGGAGCAUUACCGUCAAUCAACGACUACGUCACUAUUGAAGAUUACCAUUUCUCAUUGGUUCGUAGUGUCACCGGAAAAAGGUAAACCAUUUUCAUAUCUAGGUCCGGUGUGGAGUCAGCGUGUCUCGAUUAAUUGAACAGGCUCAUCAUAAAUUCAUAAUAUAUAUAUUCUUUACUUCUGCUGUACACAAGCUGAUUACUUGAGGUGUAUACAUUUACUAAUCAGUUACACACCAAGCCUAAUUGUCUCCAACUACGGGAGGUCCUUCGACGGGUUCGCUGCAUGGCUCACUGAGGAGGAAAGCAAGAAGCUUUCAGGUAGAAAAGUUUCCAACCUUUAUUCACUGACACAAUAUUACUUAGAUUGAGCAUUUUAGUUGAGCAAAAAUUAUAAUCCUAAAGUUCAUUUUUUUUUUUUUUUUUGCCAAAUUAAUCCUAAAGUUCAUGUUAUAAACGAAUCAAACUAAAUCUGAAAUAGAAAACCGAAUAUGUUUCAACCAAAUCGAACUUUGACGUAUAACCCGUAACUCUUUUUUUGAAUAAUAUAACUGAAACUUCACCAAUUAACACACCGAGUCAGACAAAUUUUAAAAUGAAUUUCCAUAUCAAAUGGCUAUGUUACAAAAAAAAAUCAUAAAUAAAGCAGCUUUGUUUGGGUUUUAGAUACAUAACUACAUUCUCACCCGAAAUUUUGAAUAGACAAUCUGUCGUAGAGUAAAAUAUUUAGCUUGUGUUUAUAACUAAAGGUAAUUUAUUUGAAUUAUGUUCUUGUCUGCUUAAAAUUGUAUUAUAGUCAUGCCCGAUGUGUUUUCGGUUUUCCCGGACGGGAUGCUACAUCUGGACGUGAUCAAUAACGGUGGCAUACACUCG